UCUGAGGCCAAAAAGGCUGCAAAGAUCCUGAGGGACUUCACCGAAAUCACUCACAGGAAUGGACCUGACAAACUCAUUCCUCCUCAUAUCAUAGCAAGGGCCGAGGGUUUGGCCAUUAUAUCCGUCAUCAGGGCUGGCUUCGUGGUGACAGCCAGAGGAGGCAGUGGCAUCGUCAUCGCCAGACUCCAUGACAGACGUUGGUCUGCCCCUUCCGCCAUCGGUAUCGCUGGACUGGGUGGAGGUUUUGAUAUCGGAGUGGAGGUGUCUGACCUGGUAAUCAUCCUGAACCAGCGGAGGGCGAUUGAUGCGUUUACAAAAGGCGGAAACUUGACGCUAGGGGGAAACUGCACAGUCGCUGUGGGACCUGUAGGCAGUCCCUAGUUGUGCCAUCCAGACCUCCACCUCCAUCCCAGCGAAGACCACAGUCCAGCUAUAACUCACAGACCAGCCAGCAGCAGCCAGCAGCAAAUUCUGGAAAGAAGGAUGUUCCCUAUCCAAGUCUCUCUGUCUACAAGUCUGAAACAUCAAGUCAGAGUGUCUCCAGCAAACCUCCGAGCUACAGUCAGUUUGACACCUGGAACCCUCCAAGCUACGAUGCAGGGACAUCCGUGGGCGGUGCCACUGGGCAGCUGGUUGUCACAGCAACUCAUCCAUUCAUAGGGCAGCAGCCCGGUGAUCUGAGCUUUGAACCUGGCGACAAGAUCACGGUCAUCACCAAGACAGAGUCACAAUACGACUGGUGGGAGGGACAAACGGAGGAUGGACGGGUUGGAAUAUUUCCUGCUAACUUUGUCUCAUUUUGAUGUGGUCCCCUGCUGGUUAGAUUGAAUUACUGGAGUUGAAAUCUGUACAAGGUCAAAGGAACAAAAACUGGAGGCUGUGGGUGACGAGUUUUAAAACCCCUGAUUUUUAAACUAAAUAGGUGGACAAUAAAAUUUAGGAAAAUUGCGCUCUAUUAAACAAUAUGCUAUGUAUCUUUGAUUAUCUUUGAUUUUACAAGUUUUGCAAAACACAAAAUUACAGGUCAGUACUUUAUUAUUCUGUUGCACAUUUUUACAUGAUUUAAAUUAAAAAACGAGGGUUUACUUAUGCUGUAUGUUUUUCAGUGCAGUUUUUCACACUUAUCUUUUGACUUAGCUUUUUAAUCUCAUAAGAAAUCAGAAUUUGACUGGCUUAAUUUGGUGAAAGUUGUUUCUUUUUCCUUGGGAGUUAAUCUGUUACAAAACUUGAACAUUUAGCUUUGAAAUAUGUAAAUAUUUAAUUUACAAGUGGUGUUCUCACGGGUGGGCACCUGUUACUUUGAAACUAACACUCAAAGGGUUUUACGUUUCAAAUUAUUUUAAAUGUUAUAUACCUCAUGUGUAUUUAUAGGGAAUUUAAGUAAACCAAGAUAAUAGCUUGUUUUUUCAAUGUUCAUGUAGAAGGUUUUGUUACAGUUUCUAUUUUUAAUGUCUCCUGUAGCAGUAUUUUGGCAGAGUUGUUUCAUUAUUUUUAUGAUAGCAACAGGACAAUUCUGGCUUUUUAUAAAAUAAUUAUUUUGUAUGUGGUAUCUGGUUCAAUCAUGGAGAUUAAUGAAUAAAUCAAGCUUUAGAAAAUGUG